UCCACACUUUAAUAACUUUUAGAUUAGAAAUCGCAUAUAAACUGAGAACCUCAUAGUUAUGUGUCAUUUCAGAUGAAUUGCAAUGGCGAACAAAAUUUGUAUUGCAUUUGGCCUCGUUCUAGCCUUAACGUGUCAAGUAUACUGUGCAGUAGACUGCAAUACGACAGGAGCUGGACGUAUCGCCGAGCCAACGGAUAAUACUUGCACACAAUACACUUUCUGUGUCUUUGAUUCCAACAACAACAAUUAUUUGUCAUAUAACUACACGUGCCCUACGAACUCCUUCUUCAACCCAAAUACGGCUCAGUGUAGCUCAAAUUAUGUGUGUAACAUCACUAGUGCUAAUUCAAUAUGUACAUCCGAUGGAUUCAUCGCCGAUCCGAGUUCGACUGAUUGCACUAGCUACAUAGAAUGUGUUAAUAUUUCCGGAACAUUUGUAACGACUAAUUACACUUGUCCGGCUACUACGUUUUUUAAUCCUAGUACAACUUUGUGCGAGUUAGAGUAUACUUGCCCGACGCCUACAUUCACAUGUACUGCAGCGGGCCGCUUCACUAACAAUGCUGAUUCAACAUGCCAAACAUAUUUUAUGUGUGUGUUAGCAACAAACGGAACAUAUGUUCAAUAUCAGUACACUUGUCCAAAUUCCUCAGUGUUCAAUCCUACUACUCGUGUAUGCACCACUUCGUAUACUUGUCCAUAAUGUUAACGAUUAAUUAUUAAGUUUGAAGAUUUAUGUAAGAAAUGUACGUUUUCAUGAUAUGAAUA